CCGGCGCAGGCGCAGUGCGAGGUGGAGCAGUGGAGCGGCCGCCUGGGUCAUGGAGGCCUACGGCAUCAUCGCCAACCAGCCGGUGGUCAUCGACAAUGGUUCCGGAGUUGUCAAAGCUGGAUUUGCUGGUGAUCAGAUACCCAAGUACUGUUUCCCCAAUUAUGUUGGACGUCCGAAACAUGUUCGGGUGAUGGCAGGAGCAUUGGAGGGUGAUCUCUUCAUUGGCCCUAAAGCUGAGGAGCACCGGGGAUUGCUCUCGAUUCGUUAUCCCAUGGAGCAUGGCAUCGUGCAAGACUGGAACGACAUGGAGAGAAUCUGGCAAUAUGUUUAUGGGAAGGACCAACUACAGACCUUCUCUGAGGAACAUCCAGUGCUCCUGACAGAGGCUCCACUAAAUCCAAGCAAAAACCGGGAGCGGGCUGCAGAGGUGUUUUUUGAAUCAUUUAACGUUCCAGCACUUUUCAUUUCGAUGCAAGCCGUCUUGAGUCUGUAUGCCACUGGUCGAACCACGGGAGUGGUGCUGGAUGCUGGCGACGGCGUCACCCACGCAGUUCCGAUCUACGAAGGCUUUGCCAUGCCGCACUCCAUCAUGAGGGUAGACGUGGCCGGCAGGGACGUGUCUCGUUACCUACGCCUGCUCCUCCGGAAAGAAGGAUACGACUUCCACACAACGGCGGAAUUUGAGGUUGUCAAAACAAUCAAAGAGCGGGCUUGUUAUUUAUCCAUAAACCCACAGAAAGAUGAGACACUGGAGAUUGAGAAAGCACAGUACAUUCUCCCUGAUGGAAGCACCUUGGAGGUGGGACCUGCUCGAUUCCGAGCCCCAGAAUUGCUCUUUAAACCCGACCUGAUUGGAGAUGAGAGCGAGGGGAUCCAUGAGGUGCUGACCUUUGCCAUCCAGAAGUCGGACAUGGACCUGCGCCGGACGCUAUUCUGCAACAUUGUACUCUCGGGAGGGUCCACGCUGUUCAAAGGUUUUGGUGACCGAUUACUCAGCGAGGUUAAGAAACUUGCUCCAAAAGACGUGAAAAUAAAGAUCUCUGCCCCUCAGGAAAGGCUAUAUUCCACAUGGAUAGGAGGCUCUAUCCUUGCCUCCCUCGACACGUUCAAGAAAAUGUGGGUGUCCAAGAAAGAGUACGAGGAAGAUGGAGCACGUGCGAUCCACCGGAAGACGUUUUAAUAUUGUUGGACGCCGGGCUGCUUGUGCAGUGUAAGCCCCGGCCUGUGUGUACUGCAUAGCCAUGCAGAAUUAAUAAUGGACACUUUAAAUGAGUAUUUUGUAUGUAUAAACAGAGGGUUUGGAUGGCACUUAUCAAAUGUCCGAGCUUCCCCCUAUCAAGAUUUCUGUACAUUGGAUCACACAUUCUGAAUUCAGUACUGUGUGGGGGUGAACCAUAGAUCAAUGGUUUUGACAUUGCUGUUUACAAAGGAAGAUGCCUGCACUCGUUAAAUGAAGAAGAUGAUGUGAUUUAAGGUGUGUGCUCCCCUGAUCCCACCUCUCCCACUCUCGCCUCGUUCCUGCGUUGAAAAAAUCAUAGGAAAUGGGAGUUGCUCGUGGCAACAGAACGUGGGCGCGUCGAGUCGGCCGGGACUGCAAGCAGGGGGAUGAAAGAUGCUGGAACCAGACUUCACGUUCACAUCUACGGAGGCCGGCUCGUUGCCAAGCAUCAUGAUUCCUUAACCUGCUUAAUAACUGGCACCCGGGUGCAAAUGUUCGCUACUGUGAGUGGCAAACGGCUGAAAUGUUAAGCACAGUAACCGAGUAACUGGCACUUUACGUCUGGUGACUGUGCAAUGAUGGAGGUGUGUGCAGGAGGACCAUUCAUACCAUGGUGGUGCUUUCAUCUUGCACUGAAUAUAACUUGAUGAGGGUGUAUGUGCAAACUGGUGAUAACUGUAUUUGUACUGAAGUUAGAGGUAGCAAGUUAAUCUUUUCCUCUCUCCCCCCCACCCCUUCCCCAUUUAGUACGUAAUGGUUAAUGGAGUCAUUCCAGAUUAUACUACAACUGCUAUAUCCACUGUUAUGCUGAGAAACACGUUUCCAUUUUGGGUCAUUUUAAAAUGGAAUUGUCACCUUGACUGCAAGCCAUGCUGCUUUUCACAGUAGCGAUCUGGCCAUUACGACACAACUAGGAAUUACAUGCUGGAAAUGGUUACAAUAACAUGCAGCUCUGAGUUUAGUUCUGCAGUUUUAGUGAAGGAAUUGGUUUAGAGGGGCUGGACAUGUUGGCCUUGUGUGAAGCUUUGCCCUACACACUGGAGCUUGGUUUUAAUUUAUAACGUGGGUCAGCCUAUGUCCCUUUACCUUGCUACCAACACGUUGUACUUGAGUGCCUCCAUUUCAACAGACUGCCAACUGAUAGACUUAGUAUCUAAAGGCCCAGUGAUGGAGGAUUUGCAUAGAUCACACUCAAGAGAAUGAAUCUUUUUAGUCUAUUCCAGUGGAGAGAUGUGGCCCCUUGACAAUAGGCGUUGUGGCCUGAUUGAAAAGUGGUCUACACACAAGUGUUGCAAACCUACAUAUCAUGCUCCAUCACUGUGGUAGAUCAACUCGUUGAAUUUCCAAAAGGAGGGUUUGAACCACAUAGGUUGGAAUUGUCGCUUUCAGCAGCGUGUUACUAACUAGCUCUGAGGCUACCGAAUGAGCCCAUGUUUUAAACCCCUUUUGCAAGGUCACCAUUAGUUAUAAUAGACAUUAGAGUCGGACAGCGUGGAGGUCAUACAGCAUGGAAACAGGCCCACACUGACCAACAUGUCCCACCUCUGCCUCUCGUAGCAAGGGUUUUAUUAUUUGAGUGGAGGUUUGUCCUUUGAAGGUGAAUGUGAUUGUGUCUGUAUGUUGAGCUCUCAUUCAAACCUUGGUUGAUCUACGGUGGAUGUUGACCCCUGAAUCUGCUGCCUGCUUUAACCAUGCGGUACUUGGUUGUGGAGAGCAUGACAAUCCAAGGCUGUGGCUCCAGGGAGGGGUAAUGAGAGUGCUAUCAGUCCCACUUGCUAUAUUAUACACCAGUUUGAUUGUGACGGUUAAGGUUCAGGACCGAGGUGAAAGCUUCUAUCUGAGUCUUACCAGCCCUCAAUACAGUGAAGUAUUUUCCUCUUUCACAGCUAAGUGUGACCCAACUUAGUUUUGACAAGCUUUCAAGGAUAGCUUCGAAGGGUGAUGAGAUCUUUUAUCCUCAGUUAACGUCCUUCUGGCUCUUAACCAGUAUAUCUGGCACCUUAAGCAAAUUGCUCUGCAGAACUUGCUCUUUAAGCCUCUGCUCUGAGUGAUGUGGCAUGUAUCUGUUGCCAAUGCCCUUGUUGACCACUGGCAGGCAUGAGAUGGUCAUGUGGAUUGGUCUGUUAAUGAUUCAUUCCACUCACAGACCCUAUCAAUGGGUGGACAAACAAUGUGGCAUCAGCAGAUUGAAUGGCAGACUGGUAUCAACGUCACGUUUUACACAUAACGGUUUCUAACAUCUGUUUUCUUGCUAAGUACCCUUUUUGAACGCGGUUAAUGCCAACUUAACAAGUUAGAGUAAAACAAAGUGCUGGAGGAACUCAGUGGAUCAGGCGGCAUCUGUGGAGGGAAUGGACAUGUGACGUCCCUUCUUCAGUCCCAACCCAAAACGUUGCCUGUCCAAUCCCUCCACAGACGCUACUUGGACCCACCCGCCGAGUUCCUCCAGCACUUUGUGUUUUGCUCAAGAUUUCAACAUCUGCAGUUCCUCGUGUCCCAAAGAUGGAAUGAAAGCUAGCUGCCCCAAUGCUAGUUUUGACACUAAAUGCCUGCCAAGGUUUUCCAACAAGUCUCAUCAAGGGGAAAGUUGAUGUAGGAGUCUUGCAAUUGAUCGGAAUUCUGUGACUCCCUAUGGAUCAGAACAGAGUUGGAUUUGCUAAGAUUCCUUUUGGAAAAUCUUAAUAGUGUGUCCAGAUGUAGAGAUGAUGAACGAUGCACAGCUUUUGGAACGGCUUCCUGCAUGAAUUGGGAUAAAUCUGUAUGAGGUGACACUGCAGGCUGCCUUGUACUAAUGAAGAAGCAAUAGCCUUACUGGAGAAUUCUGGUUCCUACAAUUUUGCUUCCAUGUUCCUGACUUCUCAGGACUUUGGUACUAGAGUGCUUUUAAUCUUGUACAAAGAGGAUGGGAAAUCUGGGAAUAAAACCGGCACUAGAGAGCAUUUACCUCAAAUGUAUUUAAAAAAGAAUAAAAAGAUUUAAAUGAGAACCAUC